AUGGCCGAUCAGACACCCCGUACCCAAACCACCGGCAACAAGCCGGCUGAGAACACCGCCAAGAAGACCAUCAGUAAGAAGAAAACCAGACAGAGAUCCGUUGCAGUGGCCGUUGAGGUUCCUCCUGUGAAUCUGAAUGUACUUUUCCCACGCUUAGGCUCCGAGGCCGCGCAAAAUCAGACCGCUAACAAGGAAGCUUCUGAUAUUGUGAAAGCCAUCUAUCAUGACAUUAAUGCCCACUGCAAUUAUGAGCGGAUUGCGAACAGUGGAGACUCACUUAGCCAGGGGACUUUUGAUAACCUGGUCGCUGCCACAGCGCAAUUUGUGGCGCAUGAAAUUAGCAGUUGGGGUAAUUGUGUGGAAUUUUUCAAGUCAGAACAUGGUGAGUUCCAGUUUGUCGCACCUGACAGUAGGUUCUUUGAUUUUAUUAAUGCACUUGGAUGGAAGAUGUUUGCCAUCUGCGCUCACGCCGAAGCAUUCCGACGAUGGUUCGAACCUGCCAACGAUAGAGUCUGGGGUAUGGUAUGCCAGAAGAUUCAGGAGAACUUCCUUAGCAUUGAAGUUUAUGCCCACAGCUGGGAAUUAAAGUGGCGUGACAUUCUCCUGGCUCACCAGCAGAGCUCUAUUCCUGGCCUACCAGAUAUGAAAUCAGUAAUCCAAACAUAUAUGGACUGGAAAGUUGACCACCCUCACCAUACCGUGAUCACGCUCGACGGCAAGCUAAAGGAACCCAUUUGGAACGGCCAUUUGCAGGAACACAUCAACGAUUAUAUCUUUGAUUACAGCAAAUGGAAUGGGCAAUCGGACCCGACUCGUCGACAUCAGACCAGCGACCCCAUUCUUAGUGUUGGAUCAAUUUGCUUCCUGUGCGGUAGCCCACAUCAAUGUGACUGCCAGUUGCAGAGUCGGGCCGGAGAACUAGUCGAAUUGAUGGAGUUCCCGGCUAGGGGUACCGGUGUUCGAGCACUGACAGCCUUCCGUCGCGAUGAUGUUCUCGGAGUAUUUGUGGGCGAGCUCAUUCCCAGCAUCGAAGAGGACUGGAUUUAUCCUCUAACCCAAGCCAGCGAUUGCCCCUUUGCGCCUAAUCGUGGUAUAUGUACAAUUGCACCCCACCGAUUCGGCAAUUGGACCCGUUUCGUCAAUCACUCGUGCCAGCCCGGAACGGUGUUUAGGACCCGCACCCUUGGGAAGCGGGUCGUGACCACAGUUGAAGCCGUUCGUGAUAUCCAGGCCUUUGAAGAGCUAACUCCCCCCUUGAUUGAGUCCACGGUGGGUGACCAUUUCGCCAAGAUUGUUGCGGAAUGUGGAGAUAGAACAGCCGUUGUCUCGAGACACCAGAACGAUCGCGCAACAUACGCAUCCUUAGAUACACGAAGCAAUGCUCUCGCUCGGGGACUGGCGUCAGUGGGGGUUCAGAAAGGGGAGCGAGUGGGAGUAAUGCUUGGCAACUCGAUGGAAUACGCCGUGGCAACAUACGCGUGUUUCAAACUCGGGGCUAUUUUGGUUCCGCUCAAUCUAUCCUUUAAUACUGCACAAGUGAUUGCGGCCCUAGGUCAUCUAGAAGCCAGUCAUCUUUUGAUCAGCACUGAGUCCAAUCUUCCCCGCAAGAAACCACGAAGCAAUUUACCCUUGCUCCAUGACCUGGUUGAAGAUCUCCACAGAUCAAGAUUGGAAUCCACAUUGGUCCCUUCACUUCAACAAAUCAUCAUGGUCGAUAACUCGGACGGACGUGUCGAUAUAUCAUCUUAUAAAAGCUUGACACCAUACACAUCCAUCAUGUCCCAGUUGACUGCAGACGGUAGUCCACUUCCACAUCAAAAUCUGUCGCCGCAUGAAACAGUGAACAUACAAUUCACAUCGGGAACCACGGCAAUGCCCAAAGCAGCAUGCCUCAGUCAUCGCUCUAUCUUGAACAACGGCUCUCAGAUUGGUGAUCGUAUGCUGCUCACCCCAAAUGAUGUUGUCUGCUGCCCGCCGCCGCUAUUUCAUUGCUUUGGCUGUAUCCUGGGCUAUAUGGCGACGGCAACCCACGGCGCAGCCAUCGUAUUCCCCAGUGAGUCGUUCAAUGCUCGGGCUGCACUGGAGGCUGUUCAAGAAGAGAAAUGCACAGCUCUACACGGGGUGCCGAUAAUGUUCCUCGAGGAGCUGGACAUGAUUGAGAAAGGAGAAAUCUCUCGCGAAGGGUUCCAGUAUCUUCGCACAGGCAUCGCUGCUGGAAGCAGUAUUCCUUCUGAGGUAAUGAAGAAACUGCACCGGGUGCUAAAUCUGACGGAAUUGACGAUUUGCUAUGGAAUGACGGAAACCAGCCCCGUCUCCGCUAUGACAACGACAAAAGAUCCCAUUGAUAAGCGAAUACACUCUGUUGGCAAACUCAUGCCACAUGUCGAGGCAAAGAUUGUACACCCGGCGAACCAGAAGCAUAUCCUGCCUAUCGAGACACGAGGUGAAUUGGCAGUAAGCGGGUACUUGCUAAUGAAGGAGUACUGGGCAGACCCGGAAAGGACUGCUGAGGUGAUGAUUCCAGAUGAGAACGGACAGGUUUGGAUGCAUACUGGAGAUGAGGCUUCCAUGUCCCCUGAUGGAUAUAUAACCAUCACUGGGCGGAUCAAAGAUUUGAUCAUCCGUGGUGGGGAAAAUAUACACCCAUUAGAGAUCGAGAAUUGCUUGCUAGCCAACGAACGCGUUGCUAACGUAUCUGUUGUUGGUGUUCCCGAUGAGAGAUAUGGCGAGGCUGUGGCUGCUUUCGUUAUCGCUCAAGAUCGAGGCCCUAAUACAAUCACCGCUGAGGAUGUUCGGCAAUGGGUGCGUGAAAAGCUCAGCAAUCAUCUUGUUCCCAAACAUGUCUUCUUUUUGGGACCUUUGGACCCUCCCCCAAAGACAGCGAGUGGAAAGAUUCAGAAAUACAAGCUUAAGGAGAAGGCCAUUGCACUUUUGGCUCAAAGUGCUUCAUAA